GAUGUUAGUUGAGCGGCACUCUCAUUUGGGACGAAGACAAACCCAGUAGGGAGACCUUAAACUUGGCUGGAGAGAAAGGCGAAAGCAUUUUACUCGAGCGUCUGGGGAGGAGGAUCUUAGUAGAAGAUAAGGAUUAGACAGCAAUGUUAUGGGUAUUCAUGAAGGGAUAACUUCCAAGAAGCGCAGAAAGUUGGAGCCUCAUGUUGUCGCUAAGUAGUCUACUUUGGAUGUGUGGUUUGAAGUGUUUUUCUUCUUUUUCUUGGAGGGGAGAAUGGGAUUAAGUGAGUGCGCCAAAUAGCUCACUCGUCUGAAAUUAGUAUGAACUUUUCCCCUUUCUGCCAUCAAAUUCAUACAGACUUGCAAGUCAGUGGCGGAAAAUCAGUUUGAACUGUCUCUGAGAGCCUUCAACUUCACCUGAUAAUAACCGAGAAGAAACAUACUUCUAAAAAGGGAGAGCCGGAGGGAUUAGAAACCUCGAAGGAUCAGGCUUCCACAAAGAUGACCUUCAGACUGUAUCCUCUGCUGGUGCUGCUCUGUCACGGCUCUGAGGGAGUCUGUCCCCCCAUGUGCAUCUGUGUAUCCGACACAGCGGGCUGCAGCUCCUGUGGUCUGACCAAGCUUCCUCAGUCCCUGCCGACCUACUCUGUCAUCCUCGACCUCAGCCACAACUACCUGUCCUGGCUGGGUGUGGGCAGUUUCAAAAAGAUGCCCAAAUUGGAAAAACUCCUAUUGACCCACAACGAGCUUGUCUCCCUGGACGAGGGCGUGUUUACAAAUGCCUCCAGCCUCAGGUACCUUGACCUGUCCUCCAACAAGCUGCGUGUGGUGGAGCAACACUACUUCCAGGGGCUGUGGAAGCUGGAGGAGCUCCUUCUCUUCAAUAAUAAGAUCACACAGUUGGAGGCUGGCAUGUUGAAUGGCCUCAGCAGUUUAAAAAAGGCCUACUUCAGCCUGAACCAGAUCACAUACUUCCCUUUCUUCUCCAUCACAGACCAUAGUCACCCUUUCAUGUCCAUGCUGGAUCUCUCGUCCAACCGUUUGAGUCGUCUGCCAUGGGUGGAUGUGAAAGCUUUGCCCAUGCUGGUGCAGCGGGGGCUGUACCUCCACAACAACUCUCUGAUCUGUGACUGCUCCAUGUACAGCGUUUUCUGGCAUUGGGAUCUGAGGGGUUACGAAACACUGAGGGACUUUACGGAGGAGCACACUUGCACCAUCUAUGGGAACACGCGAUCGUUCGUGCGGUUCCUGCGACAACCCCGCUUCUUCCGUAACUGCACAGUGGAAAAACCCAUGUCACUCCCGGUGACUGUGUUCCUGUCUAAGCUGACGGUGACUGAGGGAGAAAUGGUGCGUCUAGACUGCGAAACAUCUCUGAUUAGCAGAGACCUCUCAUUUGCAUGGCUCACCCCCAGCAAGGGGUACAUAACCCAGACGAGCAUAAAUGACACUCUAACGAGCUUGUUUCCCAACGGUACCUUGGAUAUUCAAGCAACCAAGGUCAAUGACUCGGGUUUGUACGUGUGCACAGCUCAGGAUAUGAAACACGCACUAAAUGCGACCCGGGAGGUGAAUGUGACGGUGGUGUUGCCACAAACCGAAACAUUCAACACAGGCUACACAACCUUGAUAGCCUGUAUGUUGUCCAUGUUGUUCAUCUUCGUGUACCUCUACCUGACUCCGUGUCGCUGCAGCUGCUGCACACAGCCGGGACCUCGCUCUGUUUUCUCCAGCUCCAGAAGAAGCCAUCACAGGUCCCAAAGCAGCAAGCGUGUAGCAUUCAUGGAGCCAAUGUUAACUGAAGAAAAAACUGAAUGGCCACCUAAAAGUUAAUGGCAGGAAUUAACGCUGAGGUGCAAUAGAAAUGUAUCAUGGCUGUGAAAGGAAAAAAUCACAUUUUUUUGCUGAUUGCAGGCUCCAGUUAAAAGGCCUCCUGAACAAAAGAGCAACAUUUACUGUUCCGUUUCUCCUUUUCUCUGUCAUUAAGUCCAGAAGUCCAGAGAAAGUUUCAAGGUUAGGUUUAUUACCCGCAGUGUAAUGACAUUUCUAAAUCACUAUGGAGCCGUUGUCAGACCUAAAAAUCAGCUAAUAACUUCUCUGUGUACUGGGGUUCGACACUAGGGAGAAAUAUUUCUUGUGGGAUCGGAGAGUGAAUCUGGCUCACUUUUCAAAGAAAGUAUUUAACAAGGAUUAAAUGCUACUAAAAAACGCUGCAAGUUCAUGACUGACGGACUGCAGGAAGGAAGUGCAGCCUGUGUAUCUGGGUUGAGUUGAAGGGCUCCAUAAUUAGUGUGGCAGAGAUAGGCACUUGCUGAAGAUAAAUGUAAUAUACAGCAAUACUUCUAAACCCAAAACUCUUUCCAACUCGUGAAAACUUCUGUUGCCUGACUUCCUAAUAACAUAUUUGUUCCCUUCAGAUCAGUUAGCUGGCCUGGUGAUAUAGCUUUUUAUAAGCAAUUUCAGAAAAAGAAAAAGGAAUUAAGAUACAGCUAGGAAUAAACAUUUCUGUGCUGAAGCCAUAGCAUUCAAUACAUAUUUGAACAUCUUAUCUAGCAGAAAACAGAGGUGCAUCCUGCAGUGAUCCAUCAUACAUACAUUUCCCAUUUGCACCUGUUGCAUUAAUCUGCCAGCCAAAAACAAUGACUCUCUAUCAGCGCUCUGCUUAUCUGGCAAAUAAGUACAGGAAUCAGGAGUGUCAACAAACCAAAAACAAACAGUAAUUGGAAUGCUUUCAAAGAGAGCAUCUCUUUGAUCAAACACAGCAGAGCACUUUGAACUAUGCGGAACAAACGAAAGCACAACAUUUGAACGGAAGUGACACAUAGCCUACUUCAAGCAGGUCUGACGCAAAACCCUGAAGGGGGCAUUACUUUGAAAAGCUUUGUAUUUUUAUUUAAAUUCAUUGCAACAUGCUUCAAAUGACAGAAUUACACACUGCAAUGCCAACAAUGAAAGAUGUUGAAGAAGGCCUUGCAUGCACUGCUGUGAAAGAACAUAAGUGUGUGAGACGAGAACAUUCAUUUGAUGACAUGAAAGACCAAAGAGAGCUUACGGGUGGUCGAGGAUGUAGGGAUUUAAAAAAUCCAAUGAGAAAAAACACUGGCCUCAAAAGAAACAAAUCAAUUUCUUUAAACCCAUGCAAACACAAUGUUUUGAGAUUGUAGUUUAAUCAUAAUGCAAACACCGGGUGGGACUAAGGAUUGCACCAAGAUUGAAUAGGAUUAGAUGUAAUCCUUCAUAUAAUGUCAAAGAACAGUUGUCAGUAACCACCCAUCCCACAAAAGGAGAGUAUGUCGUUAGAGUAGGAGCCUUUGAUUAUUUCUAAUCCUUAAUUAAAACUUGACUUCUUUCAAGCCUGAGGGGACUAAUACUGUUGUGCAACUUGAAUGUAAAUUCUGAGAAAAAAAGAGUGAAAUCUCAAAUCAAAUGGCGAGCCAUGCAUGCAAGUGGGACAGACGAGUUCUUUCACAGCGCAAGUUUCAUCACAAUUAAACUCUCAGGGAUUAAGCAAAAAUCCGUUAGAGUGUAUUGUGAUGCAUCACUCUGUUUAAUCACACAGCUACUGACUUGGUAUAUUUAACAAAGCUGUUUCGCCGUGGUAAGCAACAUUCAAACUGCUGAACAAAGGUUACGCAACAUGCCGAUAUGUGCGUGUGAUAUAACAUCUUGUAUCAGUGGUAUGACCCGUUGUUUUUCAGAAAGUGUAUUAGAGACAUCACAUUGUGUGAUGACUUGGGGUUAGGUUUGAGGAGAUUACCACGAGGAUAAAACCCAGGUGCUUUGUCAAUUUAAGUGUAUUUAAAUCCCUCUAAUCUGGUUCCUCUCUCUGACACAGAACACACAGCUGGGUCGGGAUUUAAUGUUUUUGAUAUGAUUAGCAGACGGGUUAAAACAUAGAGGACAGGAUUUGAGCAUUUUCUAUUCAAGGGCUUUUUAGGUCCACAUGUGACCCUGGUUAUGUAACCAUGCCGCUGAUUUCGGUAAUCAACCUCAGUGUGUAGGCAGAGUAGAAUAAGUGAAGUUAUUAUCCGGAUGCCAUUUGCUAUCUAGUGUUUUAUUUCAACCUUCUCACGGCGAGCACUUCACUGAUAUUGAGAGGCCUAAACACUGCAUUAACUACAUCAAUUAUAUAUUUUUUGCUCAUUCAGAUUGAUACACAUACUUCUAAAUAGAAAUAUCAUAGAAGUGUUAUCUAAUAUUUACACAUUAUUGUAUAGUACUUAAAGCUGCACAUUUAUGUGUAGCUUUGAAGUGCUGAUAGAAUUUUAAAGUGUUGUCUGUAUAACUCACUCCAUCUGCAAAUUAUCCUGAAGCGAUCUUACAAAUUACCCAGAUGUAAAGGGCGUACUCGUUGAUGCUUUAAAAGAUGCCCCUCUCCAAAGCAAAACACUCCAUCGGGCUUCAAUUAAAGCAUGCACUCGUCUUUCCAGAUUAAUUGUUUUCCCCUAGUUCAGCUGGGCUCCAAGGGAUUUGAAAUCAUCGUAUUCAAGAAUCUAAUUACUGUGAAAGGGGUAUUUUACUGUGAAUAGCACAAGCUGAAUUGCUUCCAAUAGUGAAGGGCUGCCUUGACUGUCAAUAGGGGCUAUUACUGAACUGUCAAAACAGUCAUCAGCCAGGAGUGGAGGCAUCCAGCUGUGGCAGAUACUUAUACAUCUUUUAAGACGUGUGACACCCACAUACACAGCCUCGGUGCAGGCCUGAUGCCACCAAACCCAUCUGUAUUUCAUUCUAAUUGGACACUUGGAAUACAAACAUAGAUAGUGCUUGUUUCUAAAAAGUCCACAACCAGCUAUACUUUAUGUCUCUUUUUAUUUUAUUUUUUUAAGAGGCAAGCAGGUUGCUUCCAAAAAAAACGUUAAUAAAUGUGGACUGCUGCACACCAGACAACAGGCUCUUUAUCUUACCUCUGCACUGAAUAUGAAUGCAGGCCACUUUCUGUGUUUUCAAUGGAGGAUGAACCAGCCAGAUGUCCACGUCUAAAACUGGUCUCAGUCUUUUUCACUGUGGGGCACAUGGAACAUGAAUGCCUCAUUAAUCAAAUGCAAAAACAGAAUACAUGCAGUGAUACAUUGUUUUUGCCUUUUAUCUGUAUUGUUCCUCUGAGACUGUUAUUGGCUGCAGUGAGUAGAAUUUGGCUGGAUAUAAUUGGAUGCUUCAAAGUAUACAUGUUUACAUUGUUACACUUGGCCACUUUUCUCAGACAUCCUCUUGUCUUGUGAUGCUUACUCUGUGUUCAGCUUGUGUCAUUUCUCCUACCAGCUGUAAUGUAACAUGUGGUGAUGGCACUUCCCUUGUUAUGUUCUGUCACUUUCAGCCACUAAAAGAAAACGUGAACUGUGAUCAAAUAUAUGUAUGUUCGUAUUACGAUUAAAAAAGACUUGUGCCGUCAGUGAUGGUAA